AUGGUGGUAGAAGAGGCUCGAAACAAAGUUUCUGAAACAUCGACUAAGAAGUACAACAAUGUGCUGGAUGCACAUGAAAAAUCCAAGGAGUUAGAUAAAUUAUUCAAAGAUCUGACAAAAGAAGCUCAAAUUUUAAACAGAGAGAAAGAAGCAAUAGAGAAGCAGCGGACAGAAGCCAUAAAAAAGCAUGCUCAGCUUGAGCUUGAUGACAAGGAUCUUCAAGAGAAGAUCUUAGGAAAUAUCAAAGCCAAGGAGGAUGCAACAAAACAGCUUGAGCUUCUGCAGAAUGAAAUUCAGAAAUCCACAGACGAGCUUAACAAAAUCAGGCCUUUGUAUGAUAAUCAAGUCAAAGAGGAGGAGGAGAUUACGAGAGGAAUAAUGGUGCGCGAGAAGCAGCUUAGCAUUCUUUAUCAAAAACGAGGUCGUGCCACCCAAUUUGCUAGUAAAGCUGCUCGUGACAAAUGGCUUCAGAAGGAAAUAGAUGAGUAUGAGCGAGUUCUGUCUUCAAAUCUCCUUCAGAAGGAUAAACUUAGGGAUGAAAUUGAUCAGCUUAAGCUCGAGCUGAAAGAGCAGGAAUCAUACUUUAAGGGUCGCCAAACUGAAAAAGCAGCUUUAGAAUCCCUCAUAUCUGGGUAUCGAGAAGGUUUCAAUCAGUAUAAGGCACAACGAGACAAGCUGCAUGAUGAGCGAAAGUCGUUGUGGGGAAAAGAAAGCGAAGUAACAGCUGAAAUUGAACUGCUUAAAACAGAAGUCGUGAAAGCAGAGAAAAGUCUGGAUCAUGCCACUCCUGGUUUGAAAAGGUAUGUGACCUAUGUGGCAGUCAACUGCUCCGACACCUUGUGA